AUGUCAAAAAAGCACAAUUAUACAACCCUUGUGGAUCUGGGGUCAUAUAAACUCGAGGUAACGGUUCACGGACCGCCCCGACGUGCCCACAACCCGAUUGUGGUCAUCAUUCCCGACAUUGGUAGCAGUAUCAAAGAAUGGACUGCUGUCACCAAAAUGCUAGCAGAUUCCAUGGCCGUGGUUAGGUACGAACGCGCUGGAUACGGUCAAAGCGAAAGUGUCUCGUCGGGGGACUCCAGAGCACCUGCGGCCUUGGCGAUGGAACUACAUACGUUCUUACGAGCUGCGAAAAUCGCACCACCUUACAUCAUGGUCUGCCACUCUCGUGGUACCAGCAUACUGCGGGAAUUUACAAAGUUGAGAAACCUGGCCCAAUUCAAGGGUUUCGUAUUUGUGGACGCAAAGACUGGGCCAUUGGAUCUGUCUAUCGAAGCGAAACUUUCAAGGUCUGAUUCGUUAAAGCUGUGCUAUGGAGACUGUCAUCGUUUAGGCGAGUCGGCGUGGCAAGCUUUAUUAGACGAAGAGGCUCGUGCGGGUCAUCAAGCAGCAGCUGAAAGUGAAAUAGCCGAAUACCAUGGUAGUGGAGAAAGCUCUUUUGUCAUGGACCCGUCCGGUGUUGAACAACCUGAAUACGGACGUGUGCCUCUGGUGGUUCUCCAGGCGGAUGCUGCGGUUGAUACGAGAAAGAUAUAUGGAGACGAAGAGUUGACGGGGAACGAGACAGAGGCUGACGUAAAGGACAUGAGAGAAGCUGCUGAACGACUGAAUGUGUUGGAGGCUACGAGACAAAAGAGACUAUCAAAGUUGUCUGAGCGAUCACAAUACCAGUAUAUGACCGGAGUGGGAGGAAGGAUACACUUGGUUUCGCCUGAAAAGGCUGUAGCUGCUGUGACAUGGAUUCUAAUGCAGUAUAGAUGUUGA